AUGGCGGCCGAAAGGAUCCACUCAGCGCGGGUUCUGGCAGGACUGAGCAAGAUUUUGGCUUCAAAACACAAGGACGAUAUGGAGACGAGGAAGAAAUGGACUCAAACACAUAAGGCCAAAGGUUUGUCCUCCAGGGCUAGUGACUGGCGCCAAGAGAAGAGGAAGCCCAAAAUACUGGAACCAGUUACACUUGAGGAUGUCACCAUGGUCUUCACGGAGGCAGAAUGGAAGACGCUGAGCUUUGAGCAGAAGAACCUGUACAAAGAAGUAAUGCUGGAGAUCUACCAGAAUCUUCUCUCAUUGGCAGAACCAAAGCCAGAAACCUAUCACUGUUUCUCCAGUCAGGAGAGAGACUUUGCCAGUCCCUUGUGUGGGAGCACAGUGGAGUGUGAAACAUCAAGGGUAUUCUCCAACCCACCCCAAAGAGAGUCAGCCUGGCCCAGAGAGGGCCACACACGUGUAAGAGUAAAGCCCAACUUGGCCCACAAGGUGACGACUGUGGAAACAGAUAAAGCGCUGAAGGAAGUAGAGACUUCAAGAUUUGGAGCAGUCGGGUCUGAGGAGGGAUCAGACUGUGGCCUGAAGUCAAACUCCGUCACAAACCAGAGCUCCCUCCUCUGGGGACAUCCCUUUAGGACACACUCUGGGGAGAAGUCACAUGUGUGCAGUGAGUGUGGCCGAGGGUUUGCUCAGCUGUCAGGCUUGCUUUGCCACCAGAAGACACACUCAGGGGAGAAGCCACACGUGUGCAGUGAGUGUGGCCGAGGCUUUAACCGGAAAUCAAUCCUGCUUCAGCACCAGAGGACACACUCAGACGUGAGUCCAUAUAUGUGCCAGGAGUGUGGGCGGGGCUUCAAAUGGAAAUCAGGUAUCCUCCGCCACCAGAUGAUACACUCAGGGGAGAAGCCACAUGUGUGCAGUGAGUGUGGCCGAGGGUUUGCACAAAUGGCAGACUUGCUCUGUCACCAGAAGACACACUCAGGGGAGAAACCACAUGUGUGUGGAGAGUGUGGCCGAGGCUUUAAAUGGAAAUCAGCCUUCCUCCGCCACCAGAGGAUACACUCCGGGGAGAAGCCACAUGUGUGCAGUGAGUGUGGCCGAGGAUUUGCUCAGAUGUCAGGCUUGCUCUGUCACCAGAAGACACACUCAGGGGAGAAGCCUCAUGUGUGCAAGGACUGUGGGCGAGGCUUUAAAUGGAAAUCAAGCUUGCGUUACCACCAGAGGACACACUCUGGGGAGAAGCCAUACGUUUGCCGUGAGUGUGGCCGAGGAUUUGCUCACAUGUCACGCUUGCUCUGCCAUCAGAAGACACACUCAGGGGAGAAGCCACAUGUGUGCAAGGAGUGUGGACGGGGCUUUAAAUGGAAAUCGGGCUUCCUCUACCACCAGAGAACACACUCAGGGGGAAAGCCGGAUAAGCCAUUUGUGUGUAAAGAGUGUGGCCGAGGCUUUAAAUAUAAACCCAACCUACUUGGGCACCAGAAGAAACACUCAGGAGAGAAACCGCAUGUUUGCAAGGAGUGUGGACGAGGCUUUGUUUGGAAGUGUCUCCUCAAUGUUCACCAGAGGAUACACUCAGGGGAGAAGCCACAUGUGUGUCAGGAGUGUGGGCGGGGCUUUGUUUCAAAGUCUGACCUCAAUAUUCACCAGCGGAGACACUCAAGGGAGAAGCCUCAUGUGUGCGAAGGGUGA